AUGCUUGCAAUUGCCCCUGUCAGCACGCCCAUGAAUUUCUCCACCAAAGUCUCCUCCGAAGGCCAACCGCUUGCAGAUCCAACUGCCUUUCGUCGUCUGAUUGAGCGCCUCAUUUAUCUCACGAACACACGUCCUGACAUUACUUAUGUUGUUCAUCGUCUCAGUCAGUAUGUUGCCUCACCGACUCAAACUCAUCACCAAGCCGCCUUUCGCAUCUUGCGCUACAUCAAAAACACCCCUGGACAAGGUUUAUUUCUCAACACAACAAGCCCCCUUACACUAAAGGCCUACAACGACUCUGAUUGGACUGGCUACCCUGACUCAAGAAAAUCCACCACGUGUUACAUUGUUUACCUCGACGAUUCCUCCAUUUCCUGGAAGUCUAAGAAGUAG